AUGUUCAAGAAGUCCGCUCUUUUGAUCCUCGUCACUGCUGCUUUUGCAGUUGCCCUUCCCACCCCCGCCCUCCUCGGGGGCGUCGGCAACACCGGCAACAGCAAUAUCGGCAGUGGUGACAUCCCCAUCCCCAGCGACCUCAUCGGGGGCGUCGCCAACACUGGCGACAGCAAUAUCGGCAGUGGCAACAUCCCCAUCCCCAGUGACCUCAUCGGGGGCGUCGCCAACACCGGCGACAGCAAUAUCGGCAGUGGCGACAUCCCCAUCCCCAGCGGCCUCAUCAGGGGCGGCGCCAACGCCGGCAACAACAACAACGGCGGCGGCGACAUCAUCGAUGGUAGCAACGACUAUAGUACUCCAGCUGUUCGCAGCACCAUCCCCGUGGCGCCGCAAGGCUUUUCUCAGGCCGAAGGCAAGGUUAAGACACCCAACACCUUUACCCCCAAGCUCCCCAGUGGUGUAAAGUCUUUCCCCCGUACUCCUCGCGCUCAACCAAAGAGCCCAGUGCCUAGGCAUGCCGACCCAUCUCAAAUGCAGUCUAGAGUCGAGGGCGUUGUCAAGGCUCUUGGUGCCAAUGGCUUGAAACUCCGUUCGUCUGCAACCAGUGUUGUCAUUCCCACUGACCCGGAAAAUGCCUCGUCUUCAAAUGUUAAGCCGCCAUCUCUGGCUCGUCGCGCUGAGUCGUGCUCCUCUGACUACACCUUGGCCUACUGCCGGAGAGUCCUGAAGGCGGGCGACGAUUUCAUCCCGACACUGCUCGCAAUGAUGAAAGAGGACACUUCGGUUACUGGCCCAGUGGGCUUGUCCUGCGGCUCGGCUGCCAAGACCUCUGAAUACUCCUACCCCCUGUGCUACAAGAAGAUGGGAAAUGGCGUGGCCCUGGAUUGCCAGGAGGCUACUAUCAACUCCCUCAAUUAA